AUGGCAGCGCCCGAAGCAGCAGCGAAGUCGCAGCGCUCGAAAUCGGCGCAACCGGGCAAGAAGCGCAUUAACUGGCCGGUUGCAAUCACCGAGGCCCUCAUCAGGAUUUGGGAGGACAAUUUGCAAGCGUUGCGCUCGAAUACGAGAAACGCGGCCAUCUACGCCGCAAUGGCAGAGCAGCUGAACGCCGGGGCCGGGCUUCGGAGUGGCGAAGAACCAUACACGGGAAAGCAAAUUCGCCAGAAGCUGGAAAACCUGAACAAACAGUACCGGAAGCUGAAGCAAAGUGGCACGACCACCGGAUCCAAAGGUGUUGAGUGGCCCUUCUACUGGCAACUCCAUAAUUUCCUGGGGUCCCUGCCCAUCAAUAAUGAGUUCCUGGCGGAGGAAAAUGUCGAGGUGCCACUAGUUGAUGAGAUUGCAGAUGAUGCCGAGGUGGUUGUCUCGUGGGACCAGGACGACGACAAUGACGAUAUGCCUCACGAGGACUGCACCAUGCCUGGAAGUGGCAAUGAAUCUGCGCUGGCUCAUUCCCCAGGCUCGCAGAGUGUGGGCCUGACUGAUGGUGCAAGCCCCAGCAGCAGCUACUUAACCACUAGUGGCAGCAGCGGUACAAGUACUAGCUUUGCCACGAGGAAAAACAAAAGCCGCAAGCGGCCAGCUGCCUCCCUUAUGCAGCAGCUCCUCACCAUGCAUUCCGAAGAGACAGAACGAGCUGCAAAAAUGGAGAAAAAAAGGUUGAAGAGGCAGAAGGAGCUGCUGUGGCUGCAAAAAGAGUCAAACGAUAUGCAGGCUAGCAUGCUUCGAAUGAUGGAAGCAUACUUUGAAUCGAAAAAAAAUAAAAAGUAG